AUGAAGCUCCUGCUACUGACAUUGGCCGUUCUGCUGCUCUUGGCCCAGCUCACUCCAGGUGAUGCCCAAAGAUGCUGGAGUUCGUAUGGAAAAUGUCACAGGAGAUGCUCCCCGAAGGACAAGGUGUAUGUCUACUGCUCCAAUGGUAAAGUGUGCUGCGUGAAGCCCAAGUACCAGGUGAAAGAAAGGCCAUGGCUCAUCUCAGUGCCAGGAACCCCGAUGCCAGGCGGGAACAGAAGAGGCUAG